GCCAACAUCCCCGCCAGCCUUCAAUUGUGGCCAUAUACCAGCGGGCUCCGAAAGCUCGUUUUCUCGCUCUGUACCCAUCCUCGUAAGCUAUACGCGCGAUCGCUACCCCCGAAAGCAUCUCCCGACCCUCAGCAUCCCUUCGCAAGCUGCAUCUUCAAAUCCUACACACCAACCCUCCAGAAUGCCAAAAGCCAAACCCAAGCGCGCCGGCGCGUCCUCUACGCAAUCCACGCCCUACGCCAAACCCUCCGCCAAAGCCGCCGCUGCGCACUCCAUCUUCAAAAUGAACCACGACCUCGGGCAACACAUCCUCAAAAACCCGGGCGUCGCCUCCGCCAUCGUCGACAAAGCGAACCUAAAACAGUCCGACCACGUGCUGGAGAUCGGUCCGGGGACAGGAAACUUGACAGUCCUGAUCCUCAAGAAAGCCAAGACGGUCACCGCGGUCGAGUUUGACCCGCGCAUGGCGGCCGAAGUGACAAAGCGCGUGCAGGGCACGCCCGAAGGCUCUCGAUUAAAAGUCUUGCUCGGGGACGCAAUCAAGAUGGAGUACCCCCACUUCGACGUCUGCAUCUCCAACACACCGUACCAAAUCUCCUCGCCCUUGGUCUUCAAGCUGCUCUCCCUCCCGCACCCCCCGCGCUGCGCAGUUCUCAUGUUCCAGCGGGAAUUCGCGAUGCGACUAUUCGCAAAGCCGGGGGAGAAGCUGUAUAGCAGACUGAGUGUGAAUGUGCAGAUGUGGGCGCGCGUCUCGCACGUCAUGAAAGUCGGCAAGGCAAAUUUCAACCCCCCACCAAAAGUCGAGUCCAACGUCGUGCGCAUCGAGCCAAAGCAUCCGCGUCCGGCUAUCAGCUACGAGGAGUGGGAUGGCCUACUCCGCAUCUGCUUCGUCCGCAAAAACAAAACACUGCGGUCCAGUUUCUUGGGGACGAGCGCCGUGGUCGAGCUCCUCGAGUCAAACUACCGCCUCUACUGCGCGCAGAACGACAUACCCAUCGACGAGACGCCCGUCGACGACGCCGACGCCGUGGAUGAGAUGGAGGUUGAGGACGCCGACGACGAGUUCAGGGGCUUCAGCGACCCGGACGACAUGGACGAUGAUGUGCCCGAUUUCUUCAAGACGGCGCAGAAGAAGGGCGGGAAUAAGAAGAAGAGCCGCGGCGCGGUGACGGGCGUAGUGCGCAAGAAGAUUGAGAAGGUGCUCGAGGACGCGGACCUCGCCGAGAAGCGGGCGCGGAUGUGUGACGAGGGGGAUUUCUUGAAGUUGCUUUACGGGUUCAACCAGGAAGGGAUACACUUUGCUUGAACGGAAAAAGGAUACCACGGCACUACAUUUUCGGCGUUCUGGGGCACGAGAUCAAGUUUACGCAUGCAGCAUUAUGGGCGCUUGGGAGAUACCAAAAGGACUUGGCAUUCGGGAGUCUAUAACAAAUUCAUCGGCUCAACAGAGAGUUUCAUCAGAUCGCACGUAUUCGUUCCACUUUCACUUUCAAUAGUGUUCAAGGCGUCUAUAUCGCCUCCUCGAACUGCCUAACCAACUGCCCCUUUUCUUGCAAGAAAUCCUUGACCUGCUUGACCGUGUACUCUCCUCGGUGGAACAUGCCAGCUCCCAACGCCGCAUCCGUACUCG